GACCAGGCUGUCUUUUUAAUCAAUUUGUGAUUGGCUUCAUCCAAUCAAUAAGAGUCAUUUUAAAAAUUGGACAAAUAACUUGAUAAAUUGAGACCGUAGUCCUUUUAUUCUCAAUUAAACGUCUUUAUGAGAAUCGCGAUUGAAGGCUGCUGUCACGGCCAAUUAGAUGAUAUUUACGGAUCGAUCCGUCUUGUUGAACAACGAGAUAAUUGCAAAAUAGAUCUCGUGUUGAUUUGUGGUGACUUUCAAUCUAUCAGAAAUGAAUCGGACAUGAACUGCAUGUCAGCACCAGCAAAGUACCGAGAGCUUGGCACUUUUUGGAAGUACUAUUCUGGCCAAGUCCGUGCACCUUACCCAACCAUUUUUAUUGGUGGUAACCACGAGGCUAGUAAUUACUUAUGGGAGCUUUACCAUGGAGGCUGGGUUUGUGAUAAUAUCUACUAUCUUGGUCAUGCAGGUGUUAUUAAUUUCGGGGGGCUUAGAAUUGGUGGAUUAUCCGGGAUCGCCAAAGAAAAUCAUUAUAAACGUGGGCAUUAUGAAGUUUCGCCAUACAAUCCAUCAGACAUCAAGAGUGUUUACCAUGUUCGGGAAUACGACGUUAAAAAAGUUUUGCAGUUAACGGAACCUGUUGAUAUAUUCCUGUCGCAUGAUUGGCCCAGAGGCAUUGAAAGAUACGGUGAUCUUCAACAUUUGAUGAGAAUCAAGAAAUAUUUUGUAAAAGAGAUUAUGGAAAACAAUUUGGGAAGUUACCCUAACGAGUUAAUACUUUCAAAAGUGCAGCCUGCAUAUUGGUUCUCUGCUCAUUUACAUGUGCAUUACGCUGCCGUCGUUGACCAUGACAAGUGGAAAAAAGGCGAAUAUCCUCUUGCCACACAACAAAUUUUGAAUGGCAACAGAGGAAACCAGUAUCAAAAGCCUGUAGUUGAUAAUCCCGAUGAAAUCGAAAUAUCGCUAAGUGAUGAUGACGAGACACCAGAGAUCAAGGAAACUGAUAAAAAGGCUGCAGCACCGAAAAUCACAAAGUUUUUGAGUUUAGACAAAUGUUUACCCAGAAGGCAAUUUUUACAAAUUAUAGAUAUUCCUACACCAAACGAUGAGCUUGAAGAUUACGACUUUUAUUACGACAUGGAGUGGUUAGCUAUCACUAGAGCAAUGCAACCUUAUUUGAGUACCUCAUUCAACCAAACGACCAUCCCUGAAGAUGAACAUUUAAGGACUAUGAUUGGAAACGAACGUGCUUACCUGGAAAAUAAAAGACAAUCUGGAGAACUUGACUUAAAGAUACCUCAUAAUUUUGAAACAACAGCACCCCCAUUCAAUCCGAAUGCACCUUUAAGUCCGUCAGAAAUUCUCCAAAACCAGUCUCCAUUUUUAAAUCCCCAAACUGUUGCGUUCUGUGAAGAAAUUGAUAUGCCCAACAAAAUUAACGUAAACUGUCCGGAGGGGCCUAGCAUUAUUACGCCGUAUGAUGCACCUAUCAACAAUGUUGUAGUUACAGAGAAUAGCAUUCAGGUAGAAGCUACUUUUAUUGAUUCAAAUCUACAACCCACAAAGCGAUUAAGGACAGAAGAAAUAUCAUCAGAAAUUUUGAUUGAUGAUGAAUUUUUAUAAAUUGUAUUAAUCAUUUAUUAAAACUACAUUAAUUAUUAUAUUUAUACAAAAAGGAGGCUUUUUGUUAAAAAAAGGUGGGAGGGUGAAAUGGUAUUUCUAUUGAGAAAGUUUUUUUUUUUUUUUUUUUUUUUUUC